AUGCCGAUAGCACAGACGGCACCAGUGGUGCUGUGGGUGACGCCCAUUAGGGCUACCAUGGCGCAGGUCACGCCUUACGUCGAUUGGGCGCCAGGCAACACUAGGCACAGCCCAGGCGACGCCAGCUGGUGCUCAGGAUUUGAUGCUAACAAGGUGUUGGGCACACUGGGUUAUGCAGGAGGUGACUCUAGUAUGGGAGAGAGGAGAGGCGGUGGGGCCAGUGGCCCUGGGGGCUCCCUCGGUGGCAAUGACGCCUUGGUUCAGGGCAGUGGAGCAAAGGAAUAA